AUGGCUGAUACUGCUGUAGCCUUAAUUGUUCCAAAGAAAUCAAGAAACAACAGGAAAGCUUUGAAACAGAAGAGCCCGUCAACAAAUGAAGCCAAUAUAAUGGCUCAAAAGCUCUCUGAGACAUCUCCAGCCAGCGUUUUGCCCCCAUCAGAUACUGACCCUACAAAAGAAAAUCAUGAGAGUCUUUCUCAACCUAGGCCUUCACCCAAGAAAGGGAAAUCCAAGGCCGCAAAAGCAAAGCAGAACAAAGAGGCUUCGGCUUCUUCUUUUGAGAAGGAUUUUCAAGAAAUGCAAGAAAUGUUGCAGCAGUUGAAGCUUGAGAAAGAGAAGACUGAGGUGUUGAUGAAGGAGAAAGACGAGAUGUUGAAGGCUAAAAAUGAGGAGAUUGAAAUGAAGGGUAAAGAACAUGAGAAAAUGAAGAUGGAGUUGAAGAAGUUGCAGAAGCUGAAGGAGUUUAAGCCCACCAUGACUCUCCCAUUUGUUCAAGCUUUGAAUGAAAAGGAGCAAGACAAGAAGAAAAAGAAGAGUGGCAAUGAAAUCAAAAGGCCAUGCCCGCCAUACUCACUAUGGUGCAAAGAUCAAUGGAAUGAGGUCAAGAAAGAAAACCCAGAAGCAGAGUUUAAAGAUAUCUCGAACAUUUUGGGGGCAAAGUGGAAGACCAUUACUGCAGAGGAGAAGAAGCCUUAUGAGGAAAAGUAUCAGGCUGAAAAGGAAGCCUAUCUGAAAGUAAUGACAAAGGAGAAGAGGGAGAGUGAAGCAAUGAAGCUUUUGGAAGAGGAUCAGAAGCAGAAGACAGCUAUGGAAUUGCUUGAACAAUACCUCCAGUUCAAGCAGGAAGCAUACCAGGAAGAGAACAACAAGAAGACCAAGACGACCAAGAAAGAAAAGGAUCCACUGAAACCAAAGCAUCCAUUGUCUGCAUUUUUCCUUUUCUCUAAUGAAAGAAGGGCUGCUCUACUUGCGGAGAACAAGAAUGUUUUGGAGGUGGCCAAAAUUGCUGGUGAAGAAUGGAAAAACAUGACAGAAAAACAAAGGGGGCCUUAUGAAGAGAUUGCAAAGAAGAACAAGGAAAAGUACAUCCAAGAAAUGGAGGCUUACAAGCAGAAAAAGGAUGAAGAAGCUACGAAUCUCAAGAAAGAAGAGGAAGAACUGAUGAAACUUCAGAAACAGGAAGCAUUGCAAUUGCUUAAGAAGAAAGAGAAAACUGAAAACAUCAUCAAGAAAACCAAAGAGCAACGCCAGAAGAAGCAGCAGCAGAUUGUCGAUCCUAACAAGCCUAAGAAGCCUGCAUCUUCAUUCCUUCUGUUCAGCAAGGAAACAAGGAAAAGUUUGUUGCAAGAGCGACCUGGAAUCAACAAUUCCACUCUUACUGCAAUGAUUUCUGUGAAGUGGAAGGAACUUAAUCAAGAAGAGAGGCAAAUCUGGAACUCCAAAGCUGCAGAAGCAAUGGAAGGAUACAAGAAGGAACUGGAGGAGUACAAUAAAGCUGUAGCUGCAACUUCAAAUGACAAACAGCAGUGA